GGAUGAUCCUGUGAGUCCUCCUCCCAAACCGACAACUGAAGGUGAUUCAGCUACUGAAUCACUAUCACUAAUGGCAAACGAUGAAGUUGUUCUUCCCCAAGAAGAUGCUCAGCCUGGGGGGUCAACAGUGGAGACCACAGACGAUACAAAGCCCCAAGAACCCACAGAAGAACACAUCCAAAAUGGUGAAGCACAACCAGAAAACACUGUCGCAGACUUAGCUGAAGAAAACAAGGAAGGAGCUGCUGAUGCGCCAGUCGACCAAUCAAAUGCAGGAGACAAAGAGAGCGCCGCUGAAGUCUCUGCAGAUAUUCAUGUCCAAAAUGAAGCACUGACAUUUUCUUCAACAAAGGAAAACCCAGAGGCAGUAUCUCCUGCAGAGCCAGCCGAGCAACCGGUUGUAACAGCUGAAAGUAAAGUGGAACAUGCCGAUACCACAGCUGAGCAGUCAAAUGGAGAUCCCACCCAGGCCAAGGUCUCUGCAGAUGCUGUCGUGGAAGAUCCUGUUGCAGAAACCUCAGGUGUGGCUGGAACAGGGGAGAAGAAAGAACCUGCCGAAGUCCCUGCUGAUGCUUUCGAAGUCAAACCUCAAGAGGAAACUUCAGUCGAAACUGAGCCGGCAAAUGAUGUACACCUCGAGGGCGGAACGGUAGAAUCAACUGAACAAGCUGCAGAGAUUCCUCAGGAAGAUGCCGGAGAGGUUUUUGAGGCAGUAGCUGCGGUUGUGGUGGAGUCUUCACAUGAUACGAAUGACGGGAUUCAUGCAACACCAGAAGAAGAGGCUCCUCUGCAAAACAGUGUGGAACCAAUCCCAGAUUUAUUGUUCGAAUCUCUGGCCAAAUCAUUAAAUCUCCAUCCUGUAUCAGAAUCGCUGAAUCAGUCUGCUGCCAACACCACGGUCGAGUCUGAAGAGUCAAAGGUUGAAGCUGCAGCUCCAACAGAAGCAUCUUUAAAGACCAGAGCUGAAGAGGUGCCCGAGAGUGAAGUCCAGCCUGUUGAUGACACCGCACCUGAGAAAGCAGCAGAUCCUGUGCAGGUGGAGUCGGACAUCACUGACGCUGUUGAACCUGUAGCUGCCUCAGAGGGUGGAGCGCUUCAGAGUGUGUUACCUGACGGAGGCAUUGAACUGACUGAUGCAUUAGAUGUGGAGCCGCCCACAACUGAAGCUGCCCCUGAACCUGAACCUGUGGACGAUCCAGAACAGUCCCACUCAGAGGAGGCCGAACCGAACCAGUCUGAUGAUACCAAUACCACUGAUGUGUUUCAAAAGCCCAGAGAGGAGCAACAAUCCAAGUACACUCUGAAAUGUGGUGUGUGUGCUAAGGGCCUUGGAGAGUUGCUGAUGCCCAUGUUUCUGCGUGACCAGUUGGUCCAGUGUGAUGGCUGCUUCUUCUCGAGGCGUGAAGCCUGA